AGAAAGUUAAUGGCUGGGGGAAAGAGAUCCUCCUCAACCCUCGCUUCGGGAGAGUUUCUGGAUUCCCUGAAGUAAAAUCACGCAAAUAUUCCGCAGGAAAGAGCCCGGACGGACGUUUAAGUCAACAAUAAUCUCGUUAAUAUACGUAUUGUGAAUAUAAGUAUGCAGGAUGCAGUAGCCGGGACGGCAAUGCUGACGGACGGCUUCGAGGACGAGAUUGACUCGGUGACUCCUCGCUCCCCAGCGGUAGGGAUGGGGGUAGGAGCGACACCAGGAGGAGUCGGACUCGGGGGCAUUGGGAUUGGUGUGGGCGGAAAGAAAGUACGUUUGUUCGGUGAGCCCGGUGGGCCUGCAACAGAAAGACUGGAUUUCAAACUAGCGGCAGCAGCCGUCCUCUCCUCGGGUCCGGGAUCCGGCAGCGACGAAGACGAGGUCUCAGAGGUGGAGUCAUUCAUCCUGGACCAGGAAGACCUAGAUAACCCCAUCAUGAAGACAGCGUCAGAGCUGCUGUUGUCCAGCGCCACAGAUGGCGUAGACUUGAGAACUGUUGACCCAGAGACACAGGCCCGCCUUGAAGCCCUGUUGGAGGCUGCAGGCAUCGGUAAACUGUCCACUGCCGAUGGUAAAGCUUUUGCAGACCCUGAGGUGCUACGGAGGCUGACAUCAUCUGUGAGUUGUGCCCUGGAUGAGGCUGCAGCAGCCCUGACCCGUAUGAGAGCUGAAAACACACUCAACGCUGGCCAAGCCGACAAUCUGGUUAUUUUCAGCCGUAGUUUAGCGGAGGCGUGCUCAGAUGGCGAUGUGAACGCAGUGCGCAAACUGCUGGAUGAGGGACGGAGCGUCAACGAACACACAGAAGAGGGAGAGAGCCUGCUGUGCCUCGCCUGCUCUGCUGGCUACUAUGAACUUGCACAGGUGUUGUUGGCCAUGCAUGCUAAUGUGGAGGACCGGGGCAUCAAAGGGGACAUCACGCCACUGAUGGCUGCUGCCAGCGGAGGUUAUGUGGACAUUGUCAAACUGCUGCUGGUUCACGGGGCAGAUGUCAACGCGCAGUCCUCCACAGGCAACACAGCUCUAACGUACGCGUGUGCUGGUGGCUUUGUGGAUGUGGUGAAGGUGCUGCUGAAGGAGGGAGCCAACAUCGAGGACCACAAUGAGAACGGACACACACCUCUAAUGGAGGCGGCCAGUGCUGGCCAUGUUGAGGUGGCCAGGGUACUGUUGGAGUAUGGUGCUGGCAUUAACACGCACUCAAACGAGUUCAAGGAGAGUGCUCUCACACUUGCCUGCUACAAAGGCCACUUGGACAUGGUGCGCUUUCUGUUAGAGGCUGGAGCAGACCAGGAGCAUAAAACAGAUGAGAUGCACACAGCACUGAUGGAGGCCUGCAUGUCCCAGGAUGGCCAUGUGGAGGUAGCACGACUGCUAUUGGACAGUGGUGCGCAGGUCAACAUGCCAGCUGACUCCUUUGAGUCGCCCCUCACCCUUGCAGCAUGCGGAGGACACGUAGAGCUGGCAGCCUUGCUCAUAGAGAGAGGAGCCAAUUUGGAGGAGGUAAAUGAUGAGGGCUACACCCCUCUGAUGGAGGCAGCCAGAGAAGGCCAUGAGGAAAUGGUUGCUCUACUUCUGGCUCAAGGUGCUAACAUCAAUGCCCAGACGGAGGAGACCCAAGAGACGGCUCUGACUCUGGCUUGUUGUGGGGGCUUUUUGGAAGUAGCAGACUUCCUCAUCAAGGCGGGGGCUGACAUUGAGCUGGGCUGCUCCACUCCUCUCAUGGAAGCUGCACAAGAGGGUCAUCUGGAGUUGGUUAAAUACCUACUAGCUGCAGGAGCAAACGUUCAUGCCACCACAGCAACCGGCGAUACUGCAUUAACGUAUGCAUGUGAGAACGGACACACUGAUGUGGCGGAUGUGCUGCUGCAGGCUGGAGCCAACCUGGAACAUGAGUCUGAAGGAGGUAGGACCCCCUUGAUGAAGGCGGCCAGAGCAGGACACCUGUGCACAGUACAGUUCCUCAUCAGCAAAGGUGCUAACGUGAACAGAGCUACAGCCAAUAAUGAUCACACAGUGGUGUCUCUGGCUUGUGCCGGUGGUCAUCUGGCCGUGGUAGAGCUGCUGCUGGCGCAUGGAGCCGAUCCUACACACAGACUUAAGGAUGGCUCGACCAUGUUGAUAGAAGCUGCUAAAGGGGGCCACACCAAUGUGGUGUCCUACCUGCUGGACUACCCCAACAACAUCCUGUCUGUCCCAGCCCCUGAUCUCUCCCAGCUCACUCCCCCCUCGCAAGAUGCCUCUCAGGUUCCUCGUGUCCCAUUCCAAGCUCUCGCCAUGGUGGUGCCCCCUCAGGAGCCAGACCGAGCCCCAUCAAACAUCGCCACACCCCCACCUGUCUCCAGCAAAGGUGUAUCCAAGCAAAGACAGGCAGCCCUCCAGCCCGGUGGUCCCAGCUCAGUGGGCCGAGGUCCUGAAGCAGAGCCUUUGCCGCCCUUCCACUUGUGCCAGCCCCUAGAGUGCAUUGUGGAGGAGACGGAGGGCAAGCUGAAUGAGCUGGGCCAGAGGAUCAGCGCCAUUGAAAAGGCCCAGCUGCAGUCGCUAGAGCUCAUUCAGGGGGAACCGCUCACCAAAGACAAGAUUGAGGAGCUCAAGAAGAGCCGAGAGGAGCAGGUGCAGAAGAAGAAGAAGAUCCUGAAGGAGCUGCAGAAGGUGGAGCGCCAGCUGCAGCUGAAGACACAGCAGCAGUUCACCAAAGAGUACAUGGAGGCGAAGGGCUUGAAGGAGGAGCAGGAGGCUGGGCAGAGCCAGGGCCCGGGCCCGGGGCCCGGUGGUGCAUCAUCUGCCCCAGGGACUCACCCCGCUACACCAGGGUCCCAACCACACACCAGCUCAGAUACAGAUGAAGAAGCCAACAGAGAUGGGGAGAAUGAGGAGCAGCCAGGAGAGGAAGGGGAAGAGGAGGAGGAAGAUGAUGAUGAGGAAGAGGAAGCUUCAGAGGAGGAGGCAGAGGGUGAAGAUAACGACUAUGCCAAGCUGCCUCAGGUGGGCACAAUCCUCUACAGGGAUGGUCAGCAGCCCCCACAGCAGCCUCCUCUGCCACCCUCGCCCCAGGCCCAGCCUCAGCCUCAGCCUCCUCCUCCGCCUCUUCAGGCUGCCUUUGUUCCCAUCCAGCCCCUGCCAGAGUACAACCCUGCAGAAUACCCAGGCAGUACCAGCCCAGAGCUGCAGAGGGUCUUGGUUGGGCAACAGAUGCUGGGGCAGCAGCAGCAGGGCCAGGGUCAGCAGUUGGCUGGGUUAGGCCCAGGUAUGCUUGCUCAGCAAGCGCCGGAUGGGCUCAUGGUGGCUACGCCUGCACAGACACUCACAGACACGCUGGACGACAUCAUGGCAGCUGUGAGCAGCCGUGUGCCCAUGCUGAACACUACAACCUCACCCACACCCCUGUCCCAGCCGCCCUCACAGACGCCUGCCAACAUCGCUUCGCCCCCCUCAGUCCUGCCCCUCUACCCCUCUGUCGACAUUGAUGCACAUACGGAGAGUAACCAUGACACUGCGCUGACGCUGGCUUGUGCAGGAGGACAUGAGGAGUUGGUGUCUGUUCUCAUUGCACGAGGAGCCAACAUUGAGCACCGGGACAAAAAAGGGUUCACCCCUCUGAUCCUGGCUGCCACUGCUGGCCAUGUGGGAGUGGUCGAAGUCCUCCUGGACAAAGGGGGCGACAUUGAGGCUCAGUCAGAGAGAACCAAAGACACGCCGCUUUCCCUGGCCUGUUCUGGAGGACGCCAGGAGGUGGUGGAGUUGCUGCUACUACGGGGCGCCAAUAAGGAACAUCGUAAUGUUUCAGACUACACACCUCUCAGUCUGGCUGCCUCUGGGGGUUACGUCAACAUCAUUAAGAUACUCCUCAAUGCCGGGGCCGAGAUAAACUCCAGGACUGGCAGUAAGCUGGGCAUCUCUCCUCUGAUGUUGGCAGCCAUGAAUGGUCACGUACCAGCAGUGAAGCUGUUGCUGGACAUGGGCUCUGACAUCAACGCCCAAAUUGAGACCAACCGCAACACGGCUCUGACCCUGGCCUGCUUCCAGGGCCGAGCUGAGGUUGUCAGUUUGCUGCUUGAUCGCAAGGCCAACGUAGAGCACCGUGCAAAGACUGGUCUGACCCCUCUCAUGGAGGCAGCUUCAGGAGGCUAUGCGGAAGUGGGCCGAGUACUGCUUGAUAAAGGCGCGGACGUCAAUGCCCCUCCUGUCCCCUCAUCCCGAGACACUGCCCUUACUAUUGCUGCCGACAAAGGCCACUACAAGUUUUGUGAGCUACUUAUCAACAGGGGUGCUCACAUUGAUGUGCGUAACAAGAAAGGGAACACGCCUCUCUGGCUGGCAGCCAACGGUGGCCAUUUUGAUGUGGUCCAGCUCUUGGUGCAUGCUAGUGCUGAUGUUGAUGCAGCCGACAACCGCAAGAUCACCCCUCUCAUGGCUGCCUUUCGCAAGGGUCAUGUGAAGGUGGUGCAGUACCUUGUCAAGGAGGUCAACCAAUUCCCAUCAGACAUCGAGUGCAUGAGAUAUAUUGCCACCAUUGCUGACAAGGAGCUGCUAAAGAAGUGCCACCAGUGCAUGGAGACCAUUGUCAAAGCCAAAGACCAGCAGGCAGCAGAGGCCAACAAGAACGCUAGCAUCCUGCUCAAGGAGCUGGACCUGGAGAAGUCAAGAGAGGAGAGCAAGAAGCAGGCCCUGGCUGCAAAGCGUGAGAAGCGCAAAGAGAAACGCAAGAAGAAGAAGGAAGAACAAAAGAGAAAGCAGGAGGAAGAGGAGGAGCAGAAAACCAAGGAUGAAGGCUUUGAGAUGCAGGAGCAGAAGGAGGACUCAGCUGAAGAAACAGAUGUUCCCAUUGAGCCUCCAAGUGCAACCACCACCACCACCAUUGGCAUUUCUGCCACCUCUACCACUUUCAGCAACGCCUUUGGUAAGAAACGAGCUAGUGUGGCCACCACCCCCAGCGCUAAUCGCAAGAGCAAAAAGAACAAGACGAAGGACUCGUCGCCCAAUGAGCCCAUCAUAUUACAGGAUCCGCAGGUGGCGCUAGCACAGCACAAGGCUGACAAGAACAAGAUCCACGGUGAGCCACGGGGUGGGGGUGGGGGAGUGACGGGUGGCAACAGCGACUCUGACCCCUUGGAUAGCACCGAUUGCGCCAGCGAGAGCAGCAGCAGCGGAGGCAAGAGUCAGGAGCUCAACUACCUCCCCGACCUCACAUCCUCCGCCUCCUCCUACUCGUCCUCUUCUUCCUCCUCCUCUUCCUCAGCCCCCUCCACGGGAGCGGCCCACUCUCAGGCCCUCCUGCCUGGCCCAGAGAAGAGACACUGCCCUCAGCUGCAAAGUGACGGCAAGGUGGACAACAAGGUCACAGUCUCCAUCUCAAAACCAACACAAAAAGCCCCAGACGCAAGCGACGCAACCCCCAGCUCCCUGCCCUCUCCAUUCAAAACCAUGUCUCUGCCUGUCACCUCUCCCAACAGUAAGCUCAGCCUCACCAGCCCCAAGAGAGGCCAGAAGAGAGAGGAGGGCUGGAAGGAGGUGGUCAGAAGAUCCAAGAAACUGUCUGUGCCAGCUUCUGUGGUGUCUCGGAUCAUGGGCCGAGGAGGCUGCAACAUCACAGCCAUCCAGGACGUGACAGGGGCUCACAUUGACGUUGAUAAACAGAAGGACAAAAAUGGAGAGAGGAUGAUAACCAUAAGAGGAGGCACAGAGUCUACAAGGCAUGCAGUCCAGCUGAUCAACGCUCUCAUCCAAGAUCCAGCCAAGGAGCUUGAGGAUCUGAUCCCACGGAACCACAUCAGAGCCCCAGGCUCUAAGACAACAUCAGCUCCUUUCCCCAGUACCACAGGGGCUACCAGUGGUUCAGUAGCUGGGCCUAAGGCCCUGAGCUCCUUGGUCACCUCUACAGGGGUUUCCUUUCAGUCCUCCUCAUCCUCGUCCUCAUCCUCCUCUCAGGCUGGGGGUAAAAUGGGGAAGGGGCUGUCAUCAGGCGUGAGACAGCCUUUCCCUGUGUCUCUGCCCCUGGCAUAUGCCCAUCCCCAGCUGGCUUUACUGGCUGCUCAGACCAUGCAUCAGAUCAGACACCCUCGUCUGCCCAUGGCCCAAUUUGGUGGCACCUUUCCUCCCGCCGCCAGCACCUGGGGACCGUUCCCUGUGCGGCCUGUGAGUCCUGGUAGUGCCAACAGCUCUCCCAAGCACAAUGGAGGGAGCAACAGCACUGGAGGCCAGACUAGAUCCAACUCUUCCACCCACAGCGAGCACAGCAACACAGCCAACUCAGGGGCCCCAGUCACCACCUCCAGCGCUCCAAACACUCACACAUCAACGGCUGCAGCCUCACCUCAUACCCCCAAUCCCACCCCAUACAAUCCCCAGACCAGUGCCCCCACCCCUUCAUCUGUCAGAAAACAGCUCUUUGCCCCUGACGCCAAGCCUGCUGGGGUCAACCCUGUGUCUAUCGCUGCCACUGUUACUAGUGGUAGCAAUGCAGUACGAGGCGCAGGAUCUCCUGCCCACCACAGCACCGCUACAACUACCCCCAACACCCCUCAGCACCCAGUCGGACCCAUCACGCAGCCCCUCAUCCAACCUCCUAAAACAGAGCCCAGUGCCCUUGCCCCUCCUGGAAAAGACAAGCCCUCUCUGCCACUAGAGAAUCAGCCUGUUUCUGUCAGUGAGAGCAUCAGCUCUGUGGGUUUCACUGCCCCUUCCAUGGCUUUACCUCCUAAACCAGAGCCCCGACAGCAGUUACCUCCCCCUCCUUCCUCUGCACCUUCCACAGAGGCUCCACCAUCACUCCUCAACCCACAGUCGAGCUCCCACCUCCCCUCAGCACCUCCUCCUGUCCUUUCACACAGUGUCGCACACCCCAACAACACCGUACCCCACUUCUCAGCCCCGGCACCCAGAGUCUCCCACCGUAUGCAGCCUCCAGGGCCUUACUAUUCCCUUCCUGAGCAGCAGCAGCAGCAACAACAGCAGCCACAGCAGCAGCAGCAACAACAGUCUGUAUUUGUGCCCCUCAAUGCUCAACAAGAACCCCCCAAACCGACCCAAACACAGGCGACCCAGCCAACAACUCUGCCUCCCCAGGCUCAAGCCCAGGCUCCUGGCUCUCUCCAGGUCUCCUCUAACCUGGGGAUGAUGAACGGUUCUCAGAUGCAGCAUGUGCCCAGUGCAGCCAAGCCUCAGCAAAUGCCCCCCAACUUCGGACCUGCAGGCCUCUUCAAUUUCAGCAGCAUCUUUGAUAACAAUAACCAGGUGGGGAACAACCAGGUGUGGGGGGCAUGCCAUCUGCCUGCUCGCUCACCUCCAGAGCAGUCCUACUCAGCCCCACCAGCCUACUUGGGCAUCGGCCAGAUGGAGAAUAUGAUGCCUCCUCCUCCCCCAGAUAGCUCCAAAGCCCCUGGCUAUCGCUCUGCCUCCCAGAGGAUGGUCAACAGCCCCAUCGCUUUGACCAGCUAUGCCACCAGUAUCUCUGGCAGUCCUGUGUAUCUGCAUGGUCAUACUGCUGUUGGCACGCCCUCAUUCAGCAGACAGCACUUUUCCCCUCACCCCUGGAGUGCCUCCACAUCAGGUGAGUCUCCUGUAGCGCCUCCAUCUACAGUGUCAUCCUCCGCCCUGUCUGCCUCGGCUGUGGCCCCUCCUCCCCAGCCAAAGCCAGGCAGCUCCACACAGCAGGACCGGAAGGUUCCUCCACCCAUCGGCACAGAGCGGCUGGCCAGGAUCCGUCAGACGGGCUCCGUCAACCCACCUCUCCUCACCACCAGCUACACAGCAUCUGUCGGACAGGGCGGCAUUUGGUCGUUUGGUGUUGGCAGUGCAUCUGAAGCCAUGUCUGGUUGGUCCCAGCCCCUGAUGAGCAGCCACAUGAUGCACCCUCAGCUGCAGGCGGAGCAGUCUGCCUUCUCUCAGCACCAGCCCAUGGAGCAGGACGACACUGGCAUCGCGAACCCUGCCAACAACUACCACCAGCCCCAGCACAUGCCCAACAGCUACAUGGACUUCCCAAAGGGAAUGCCCAUGUCCAUGUAUGGAGGAACCAUGCUGCCCCCUCAUCCUCCCAUGGCAGAGGGGCCGGGGGGACCAAUGUACAACGGCUUGCACACUGGUGACCCCGCAUGGAGCCCCAUUAUUAAAGUGGUCCCAAACAAUGCAGAUAACUCUGACCCACAACAGGUGUGGCCUGGUACCUGGGCACCUCAUGUGGGCAAUGUGCACCUGAACCACGUCAACUAGACGGCGUCGACAGCAAUCAAACGCACACAGCAUGACCCACAACGCAAACUUGAAUUACCAACUGACGAAUAAGACCGAUGUGACAAAGAAAAAAAAAAAAACCUGCAACAUGUUAACUUUAGUAGAGACCAGAGAGUGCAGAGCAGAGGUUGAAGAAUUGGAAGUUCUCUUGACACCAUUCUUUGAUGUGCCUAUCUCAAAUAUGAAAAGACGAAAUUUGGCAGGGGCUGUUAUCAGUGUCCUGAUGAUGCAAACAAACAUGCGUGAUAACCUGUUCAACAGGAUCCAUUCUCUACGUAGUUUAGCGAUUUUGACUUAAACCCACAUACACCGUUCUUGGGCUGCAGGGGGGCUCAACAAGACGUAGCUAUUUAAACUCGGCCCAGAACUAGAUGAUGAUUACCUAAAGAGAGAAAGAAAUCAGAACCUUUUAGAGUGGUAAAUACAUGUAUAAUUGUUUACAUACUAAAAAGGGUUAAAAUGAGAGUAAAUUUCAUGUCGUAUAGUGGCUCUACUUUAUGUAGCCUGUAUUAAUGUGAAAUAUUUACCUUAAUAUUCAAUAAAAAGAUUGAAAAGUA